CUAGACUCCUAGUCUUUAGGUUUGAACUUUGAACCGCAGACCGUAUAGUUAGUUGUAGUAUUUUAGAGAAAAAAAACCGAAAUAACUGCCCAAGUGCCCAUUCCCAUUACCUAGUCUCGCCCAAGCCUCACACCAGCACUAGCUCACGGUGAACCAGCAAAACCACUGGCGCUCGCUCUUCGCACCAUUUCACCAUCUCUGCGCGCCUUUUCCUUAUCACUCUGCUGUUUCAGAGUUUCGAUUUCGGUUCGUGGACUCGACAAGGUAAUCCUCCGCUUUCAGAGUUUCUUUUGGGAUGCAACUACAGUAAUUAGUUAGGUUAUCCCAAUCUGCAUCUGUUAGCUAUUUGAGACACCCUUUUCUUGCUUCGACUUUGUAUAGUAACCCGCAAGAUGAAGCGGACGUGCGACUCCAGCACCGACAGACUUACCGACCUUCCUGUCGAAGUGAUACAGCGCAUUCUGGUGUUCUUACCCAUUAAAGAUGCCGCCAAAACUAGUGUGUUGUCAAGGAAAUGGAGGCAUCAGUGGAGGAGUAUUCCUCAACUUGUCUUUGAUGAUGGUUUUGCUCGAAUAUCUCGGGUGUCUGAAUCUGAAUCCAAGGUGAGGAACAAGUUCACAAUGCUGAACCUCUACAGGGCCCUGCUUGUUCAUGAUGGGCCAAUAACAAAAUUUGUGCUUUCAAUCCCUGGAUUGACCCCCUGUGAUGAGAUUGACGGUGUUGUUCUUUACCUUUCUAAUAAAGGUCUCCAAGACCUUACCCUUGAGUUUUACGGUCCUGGGUAUAACGCAGACGGUUAUCAGCUGCAUUCUUCCUUGUUUUCUGCUAUUCACCUGAAAUGCCUGACACUUCAGUCUUGUGAAGUCACACAACCAUCUUGGUUCAUUGGCUUUAGCAAGCUUACCGAUCUUCGAUUAGAACAAGUUACUUUGCCCUGUGAUUUCUUCACGAAUUUCCUCACUAUGUGCCCGGCGCUUGAAUCGUUGAGGGUUACAGAUUGUGGCGGUUAUGCUGCUGAGCUUGAAAUUGUCGCUCCAUUUCUCAAAUCCUUCCACUUGAACGGGUCUCUCAAGGAUAUCAGUUUCAAGUGUACACCGCGUCUGUUAAGUCUCACGCUUGAUGUGUACGAGACCGACAUGCAUGAAAUGGUAGCCUUUUUUGCUUCUAUCACGACACUCCAGCAACUUUGUAUCAGCACUCAAUUUAUGAGAGAACUUGCAGCAGCUAAUAAGAAUGUCCCCACCAGGCUUCCUUCUCCUCUUCACGGGUUAGAAGUCCUUGAAAUAAUUGAUGUAGCAUUAGAUAGCUUGGAGCUGAAGCAUGUCUUUCUUUGUUUGAUCACGAGUUCCCCCAACUUGCGCAGGCUCAGAGUUGAGAUUGACUUUGGCCAGCUACUUUAUCUGGCCGGAACUACUGAAUUUAGCAGCAUACGGAAGUUGUUGGAAGCAGAGGACUGCCCUGGAUUUUCCAGUCGCUUUUUCCAACAUCUUAAAGUGUUUAGAAUGGAGGCCAGCUGCGGUACACAAGUUGAGCUAGACCUUGUGCGGUUCAUCCUCGCCACUGCCCCUCUACUUCAGCGGAUUCACAUUACGCCUGCAUGUCAUUUGAGCUUUGAAACUCGAUUGAAAUUCACGGUGGAGGCAAUGAGAUAUAAGCGCGUCUCGAAAGAAGCACAGCUUAUAUAUGACAUGGAUUUUGAUCAGUGACGCUUUCAGCUUUGGAGCAACUUCUGCCCUUCAGAAUUCAUAUGGUUGUGUUCUUUUUCUUAUUCACCUGCAUGAAUGCAGUGUUGGUCGUCAAAUUUGAGGAUGUGUAUGUUCUAGCUGCAUAUUGUGAUACCUACUUUCUUGAUCAGCAAGAAAUGUCAAAUCCAACUAACUAGUUAUCUGAUUACAUCCGAAAAUAGAGAUCGCAGCAGAUAGAAAGAAAGGAAAUCAAGAGUA